ACAUGCAGCCUCCGUUUUGACCCCCCCUACCCUGAGGAGAUCGGCUCAGAGUAAUUUGUCGAAUGUGAUAAGGCAACGGUGGGUCCAAUUACCAAAGUAUGGCGUUAGCUGGGAUUUACUGAGUGUAUAAAGUGAGUGUGAGCUCAGAGCUGCUGCUCCUUCACAGAAUGGGCCAAGCUGCUACUCUGCCUUGUAGGAGAGGAGAGUCUUAUGUCACAGAGCUGUACGAAUGGUUCAGAAAGUUUAUUAUCGAAUGCCCAAGUGGGCUGAUCACUCUUCAUGAGUUUCAAAGGCAUUUCUGUGACGGAACUGCGGGCAGCGAGUCGGCUGAGUAUGCAGAACAGAUUUUCCGUACGUUGGACAAUAAUGGGGACGGGGUGGUCGACUUCAGAGAAUAUGUCACGGCCAUCAGCAUGCUUAUUGAAGGCUCGGCUGUUGAGAAGCUGCGUUGGUCAUUCAAGCUCUAUGACAAAGACAAAGACGGAGCCAUUACAAAGGACGAGAUGCUGGAGAUCAUGCGGGCUGUUUAUAAGAUGAGCUCAGCUGCUGCUUUAACCAAACCCAACCCACUCACAGCUGAAGAAUGCACCAACAGGAUAUUUGUGAGAUUAGACAAAGACAAUAACGCCGUCAUCACUCUGGAGGAGUUCAUAGAGGGAGCGCUGGACGAUGAUUGGAUCAGAGAGAUGCUGGAAUGUGACCCCAGCAGAGUGAAGGUGGAGAGGCCCCUGAGGAGGGACGGCACUCUGGGGGCCGAUGGCUGACCUGACAUGGGCUAGUCCUGUAUUCACUGGGUGGACAGAAAUGAACCAGUCUGUGUUGGACUAGAAAAUUAAGAUAGUACUACAUGUUUUCAAAAAAUGAUUUUCAUUUUCUUCAGAUAUUGUUUUAUGAAUGCUUUCUUUGCUGGGUCACUCCAAAGUUAAAUGACGCCGAUCAUGAGGCAAAAAGAUUUUACAUGUCCUACUUGUAAUAUUUUCCAUUUCCGUUUUACCAGUCUUCAGACAGUUUUUGCAUCUGCUCUUUGUGAAUGUGUUGAGUUGCUUUAUCUUUUCCUUUAAAAUACUCCAAACAUUUUCUGUUCUGUUCACGUCAGCAGACACACUUAUCCAGGUCCGAGUUUUGACCUUUAUCCAAUUUAAAAAACUUGUAUGAUUUUGGCAGCGUGCCUUAGAUUGUUAUCGUGCCGGAAUAUUUCUGUCAUGCUAAGAUUCUGCAGACUGAAAGCCGUUUUGUCAGCUCGUAUAUGACUAGAUAUAUUGUCAUAAAGAAAUGAUAAUAAAAAAUUAUAACGUGUGGGAUUAGAGGUGAUACAAACUCAAAGAA